AUGCCUGAAUCUUCCAAUGCGCCCGAGCGCGAUCAAGCCGAGCCCCAAGGCGAGGAUGAGGACGAGUUCCAUGAUGCACGCUUCCCCGCAGAGGAAGAAGCCGUGAGUCUUCGUGUUCAUCAGCCCUUCCAUUCGUUCCCCUCUAAUCUGGCCAACUCGCAGAAACUCCUAAAAGAAGCCCAUGAGAUUAAAGCAGAAGCCAAUCAGCUCUUCAGCGCGGCAUGCUACGACCAAGCGAUAUCCUGCUACGACCGCGCUCUUGCCUCGUGCCCGAACUACCUCGACUACGAUGUCGCCGUCCUGCGGAGUAAUAUCUCGGCCUGUUAUCUGAAGCUGAACGACUGGAAGGCUGCUGUGGAUGCUGCCACCGCGUCUAUCGAGCGACUGGAUAAGAUUCUGCCACCACCAGCGCCGCAAGAUAAGGGAUCGGGGGAGCCAUCACAACCGAAAGCCGAGAAGACCGACACAGAGGACGCGGAUGCUGUGGUGGAAAUAACGGGUGGCGAGGAAGAAGCAGAGAAGGAGCUACAGAGAUUGCAGGAAUUGGACAAGAAAAGAGCGGACGUCUUGCGUAUUCGAGCGAAGGCGCUCAUGAGACGCGCAAAAGCCAAAUCGCAACUAGGCGGUUGGGCCAACCUGCAAGGAGCGUUAGAGGACUACCAAGCCCUGGCGGCCAUGGAGAAUCUUCCUCCGGAUGACAAGCGGAUUGUCCAGCGGGCGUUGCGUGAGCUCCCGGAACGCCUCAAUCAGGCGAAGGAGAAGGAGAUGGGGGAGAUGAUGUCGAAGCUGAAAGAUCUGGGAAAUGGUAUCUUGAAGCCGUUCGGUCUGUCGACUGACAACUUCAAUUUCGUUCAGGAUCCGAAGACGGGUGCCCUUGGGAGGGUGCAGGGCACGACGGAAGACGGGGUGACCCAAUACCUCGGCAUCAAAUAUGCUACCCUCAAGGACCGCCUAGCAGACGCAGAACUGAUCGCGGAACGGGACGGUGAUGUGCUCGACGCAACGAAAGACGGUCCAACGGCCGUGUCCCCUGCGGCUGGAUGCGAUGCUGAACUAGCACACGUCCAGCAUUCGCUGCCCAAGAAAGAGCUCAGCCAGUCGGAUGUGGAUUGUCUGAAUCUGAAUAUCACCGUGCCUUCGAAUACCACAUCUUCUUCGAAAUUGCCUGUCUUUUUCUUUAUCCAUGGCGGCGGGUUGGUUGUCGGAGCCAACUCAUGGCCCCAGUUUGAAUACAAGCGGUUUGUCACGCUCUCGGUGCAGAAGAAUUUGCCGAUUGUAGCGGUCUCGAUCAAUUAUCGUCUUGGGGCUCUCGGCUUUCUGACCUCCGAGGACCUGCGAAAUGCCGGGUACAAGGCCAACAAUGGCCUUCGUGACCAACGAGUUGCUCUGCAGUGGGUGCAGAAGCAUAUUCGUGAUUUUGGAGGCGACCCAGACAACGUGACAGUAGCUGGCAUGAGCGCAGGAGCAGCAUCCGUGACAUACCACCUCCUUUCCGACCAGGCACUUUUUAAACGGGCGAUUUCUUUGAGUGGCUCCUUCUUCCUUUCGCGAGCACAACCUUAUGAGGUCCACGAAGGAAAUUAUCAGCAAGUUGCGGCUGCUUUAGGCUUGUCGGAUGCUCCUCCAGAAGAGAGACUCAAGGCCCUCCUGGAGACACCGGUACAGGAUCUCGUUGCCAAGCUUCCUCCGUCUGCAUUGACUGCUCCGGCCAUUGACGGUGAUAUUGUUCCGUCUGUUGUUUCAUUUGAAGAAGUUGCCAAGCAGGACUCGAAUGUUCCCCGUGGGAAGAGCUGGUGUCAGGACUUGAUGAUCGGAGACGCCCAGCUGGAUGCUUCUAUCCUUGCAUUCAUGGUGCCCAAUUUGAAGAACAACUGUGCCAAGAGACUCACCUCUGCACUUCGCACUGCUCUAGCCUUGUAUCCAGCCGAGGCAGACCGUCUUCUGGCAGCAUACGGCAUCAAGGACGACACUCCUGACGACGAUGGCCUGCCUUUAGUCCUGAACUAUAUCAACGACAUCAACUUCUUCGCCCCGGUCCUAACCUUAGCCCAAGGCUGGCGCGGAAAUGCCCACGUCUACUAUUUCAACGAGGGCAAUCCCUGGGACGGUCAAUGGAAGGGACAAGCCAACCAUAUCUUGGACUUAGCCUACUUAUUCCAGAACUUUGGCGAAUUCCUGACUCCCGCUCAGCAGGCAGUGGGUGCUUCCUUUGCGGAGGAUUUCUUCAAGUUCUGUCAUGGCAUUGCCCCGUGGCCCGCUGUUAAAGCGGAGGAUACUAAUAAGGGAUUCUCGGCUCGUGUCUAUGGACCGAGUGAUCGUGGACUAGCUGCCGGCGUGGUGCAUGAACCGUACGGAGGUGAGAGUGGGAGGAGAAAUGUGUUGUUUGAUCUCGCCCCUGGAGUUUCCUUGGAUGACUUGGCCAAGGCUUUUGGAAUUUUUAUGACUAGUUAG